GGUAUGCGUGGCAUACCAUGGAAAGUGUUUCGAAUGAAUCGUUGGUGGCUAAAAACGUUCGGUUCUUUAUCGAGAAGGCCAAUCUGGAUGUGAGGAGUUCGAUGCAGCUGCUGUACGAUAUUUUCGGACAGUUGUUGGAGGACAACUUUUCCUUGGCCCUUCCUCAUCUAAUACAAUUCUGUGAGAUCUGCGAAAACCGACAACAGAUUCGUCAGCUUUACAACGUAGUCCUUGGACUGCAGGAGCGGGUCGCCAUGGAAGACACUUUGUCCCAACAGCACAUCAUCUACCUGCUGUGCAAGAUGGCAGCCCUGCUAGUCCCAUCGAUGACCGAACUGACCCAUCUGUGUACCAUCAUCCCGACGUACCUGAAGAGUACCCAACUGUACAUCCGGGAUGCGACGCUAAGCGGAGUAAUCUGUCUGCUUGAGUGUCUUGUAACGUCCAACACGACGAUGGGUGGCCUCAGCGAAGAACUACACCUACUGAGGAACAUUAUCGUAAACUACAUCGUCAAGCAUGGAAUCAUUGAUGAGAGUUUCGCGACCUUCAGUGACACUCACACAAAGCUAGUGUGGACGCUAAAUUUCUACCUGAUCGAAAACACGUCUCGAUUCGUUCCGGAGUGCAAUCUGCUCUCGAACAGUAUAAUAUCAGCCAAUAACAUUCUGAAGCGGACCACAAAUCUUGACAUCUAUCUUUGCAUUCUAAACGGUCUCGAACGUCUCAUCCUAACCUGCACCACCGCUCGCCCCCUACUGGAGAAAAUCGAAAAACUUGCCCUCGAUCUGGUCAAACUGGACAACGAAAUGUUCUCGGUAGCAGCGUUAAAACUUCUGCUAACCUGCAUCUACCACAGCUCAGCCGAACAGCUUGAAAACACCGAACGCUCGAACGGAAUCGUCCAGGACGAACCGGAAAUCAUCAUUCAGCAGAUCGAAAAAAUCGAAAUCCUGUUUGCCAAAAUUCGCACCACCACUCCGCAGGGUGCCAAAAUCUUCGGCGACGUGCUCUGCCAGCUGAUUCGCGAUCUACUGCCACCGAACGAAAUCCUAACGAAGGUUUUCAAGGAGCUGAUGCUGAACCAACCCAACCCGGACAUCAUAGCGACGGUAACGCAUCAGGUGUUCCGAUCCGCCAUCGACAGUUCCUAUCUGGCACUGCUGCAGGAAUGGUUGCUCUGUUCGUUGCCGAAUUUUCUAUCCUUUUCCCAGAUCAACAAAUCCGUCUGGUGUUUGACGGUUGUUUUCCUUUCUGCUUCACUGAACCAGCAUCUGCUGAAGCUGUUCCCGGAGGUCCUUUCGUUACCUUCCUAUCAGCAGCUGAACGAACGGGAGAUACGCAACUUUAUUGUCUCGGCGAGGGAUUUCUAUCGGCGGUUGGAGCCGCCUCAGAAGGCGAAGUUUAGGGAGAUCUUUCAGCAGAACGACUGUUUCGUGUAUCAAUGCCUGCUGCGGUGUUUGUGAAGUUAGACUAGAUUUUUAUCGAUGAGUUAUUUAUUCAUAUGCUGUAAGCUAUUUUGAAUGCUGUUUUUCUGUUCGAUUUUUUAUUCCGACAGUUUAUUAUUUAUGAUAGAUUCUACGGUUAAUAUAUACUGU